GUUUUGCUCUGGUAUAAUAACAAAUAUUCCUGGCUAUGAUCAAGAAGAAUUAAUUACUCUGUAUGAACUGCACAAACUACUGAUUGCAAAUUUGCUAGUUUCCAGUGCUGCAAAUCGUUCUCCAUCUUCUGCUCUUAAAGCAAGAUUUUCUUUCUCGUUGCUGACAUUUCCCCUUCCCCUCAACCAGAAUGGAAGGGAAUUUCUCAUACAAGCAAACACUCAGAAGCGGCGCAAACUCGAGGAUGACAACAGCUCAACUUCAUUUGAACAUGUGGAGACAGCAGCUGAUACUGUGAAAAAGAUAGUAGACAAUACAGACACAAGCAACGUGGGUUCAGAUGUGAGUAGACGGAAACAAAGCCGUGUCAAGGGACAAACUAAUUCUGGUAGAGGACGUGGUUCCCGAAUUAGUGAUCAGACCAAGCCACAAGCAGUUUCUGUGUCAAAUGGUCAGCUCGAGAACUCUUACCAGAAGUUGCAGGAUGGUUUGCCAAAAGAGCAAAUUGGGCACGAUCGACAGACUGUAUUCGAAGAGGAGAUCACUUCUUUACGGGCAAAAGUUGUGGCUUUGGAGGAAGAGCUUAAGAAAUCCCGUCAAGAGGCAUCAGAUUAUCAACAUCAGUGUCAACAGCUGGAAAAGGAAUUGAAGGAUCUUAAAGAUUAUGAGCAGCAGAUAAAGCCAAAGGUGUGCUUCAUCAGUUGCUUUACUUCUUUUGGUUGGUUAAGUUCUGUUUCUGCCCUAGAAACAAUAAGUAUU